CGAUGUCCGCCAUCUUACCGCUCCCUCCUCCCCCGGUGCGGCCGGAUUGAAUGAGCCUGCUGCCCGCGAGCUGAGCGCCAUGUCAGGCACCCCGAUCCGCGGCACCCCCGGCGGGACCCCGCUAUCGCCGACCCGCAUCUCCCGCCUGCAAGAGAAGGAGGAGCUGCGGCAGCUCAAUGACCGCCUGGCCGUCUACAUCGACCGCGUGCGGGCGCUGGAGCUGGAGAAUGACCGGCUGCUGGUGAAGAUCUCUGAGAAAGAGGAGGUCACCACCCGCGAGGUCAGUGGCAUCAAGAACCUCUAUGAGUCUGAACUGGCUGAUGCUCGAAGAGUUCUGGAUGAAACAGCCAAAGAGAGGGCGAGGUUACAGAUUGAGAUAGGAAAACUGAGGGCUGAACUUGAGGAGUUCAAUAAAAGCUACAAAAAGAAAGAUGCAGAUUUGUCUGUUGCUCAAGGUCGCAUUAAGGAUCUUGAAGUCCUCUUCCAUAGAAGCGAAGCAGAACUCAAUACUGUUCUGAAUGAGAAACGCAGCCUGGAGGCAGAGGUGGCUGAUCUGCGUGCCCAACUUGCAAAGGCUGAAGAUGGUCAUGCUGUGGCUAAGAAGCAGUUGGAGAAGGAGACACUUAUGCGUGUGGACCUGGAGAAUCGGUGCCAGAGCUUGCAGGAGGAUCUGGAUUUCAGGAAGAAUGUGUUUGAGGAGGAGAUAAGAGAGACAAGAAAGCGGCAUGAGCAUCGCUUGGUCGAAGUGGACACCAGUCGCCAGCAGGAGUAUGAGAACAAAAUGGCUCAGGCCCUGGAGGAUCUGCGAAAUCAGCAUGAUGAGCAAGUCAAGCUGUACAAAAUGGAGCUGGAGCAGACCUACCAGGCUAAGUUGGAGAAUGCCAUCCUGGCCUCUGACCAAAAUGACAAAGCUGCUGGUGCAGCUCGGGAGGAGUUGAAGGAGGCUCGCAUGAGAAUAGAAUCUCUCAGCUACCAACUUUCUGGCCUUCAGAAACAGGCCAGUGCAGCAGAAGAUCGCAUUCGUGAGUUGGAGGAAACGAUGGCUGGUGAACGGGAUAAAUUUAGGAAGAUGCUUGAUGCCAAGGAGAGGGAGAUGACAGAAAUGAGGGACCAAAUGCAGCUGCAGCUUACAGAAUACCAGGAGCUGCUUGAUGUGAAAUUAGCACUUGACAUGGAAAUCAGUGCUUAUCGAAAACUCCUGGAGGGAGAAGAGGAAAGGCUGAAGCUCUCUCCCAGCCCCUCGUCCCGCGUUACUGUCUCUCGAGCCACGUCCAGCAGCAGCAGCAGCAGCACUUCACUUGUCCGCUCUUCGCGAGGCAAGAGGCGACGGAUUGAAGCAGAGGAGCUUUCGGGCAGUGGGACGAGUGGGAUUGGCACUGGAAGUAUCAGUGGUAGCAGUAGCAGCAGUAGCUUCCAAAUGUCCCAGCAAGCUUCAGCUACAGGAAGUAUCAGCAUUGAAGAGAUAGACCUGGAGGGCAAAUACGUUCAACUGAAGAACAACUCGGAGAAGGAUCAGUCUUUGGGUAACUGGAGACUGAAAAGACAAAUUGGAGAUGGAGAAGAAAUUGCGUACAAAUUUACUCCGAAGUAUGUCCUCAGGGCUGGGCAGACUGUAACAAUCUGGGGUGCGGAUGCAGGUGUAUCUCACAGCCCCCCUUCUGUUCUCGUGUGGAAGAAUCAGGGCAGCUGGGGCACUGGAGGAAAUAUCCGCACAUACCUCGUGAACUCUGAUGGAGAGGAAGUUGCAGUGAGAACUGUUACUAAAUCAGUUGUCGUGCGGGAGAAUGAAGAGGAAGAGGAUGAGGCAGACUUUGGAGAGGAGGACCUUUUCAACCAACAGGUAAUGAGAUAUAGGCUGCAUUUUUAAUUUGUUUUUGGCUGGUUUGAACAAUCAGCCAGGAGAUAAUGGGUUUCCCUUCAGUUUUCACUAGUUCUGAGUUUCUUGGUCCAUUUUCCAAUGGGUGCUUGCAGAAGAUGAUGCUAGGGCAGCUUGCAGCCGUGCAGCAUUGCUGCAGCAUGCAGAAAGAAUGUUCAAGGAAUUGCUGCUUGAAUCAGUAGCUGUACAGCUCAGGCAGUGCCUAAUAUCAGUUUGGAUGCUGGGUGUCUAUGGACGCACACUGCAGAUCAGGUUUACAACACUGCAAUGACUUAAACUGUUUUUGGAGUUGGUAAGAGGAGGUUUAGCAGUCAAUAAUCACUGGACUGCUGUUCCCUAUCCCAGUAUUGCUUUCUCUGAAAAAGAAAAAGGUAUCUGUGGCAUUCCUGCUGUGAGCAGAAUGUAACCAUUGGGAAACAGGAGCUCAAAAAACCAAGCGGUGGAGGGAGCUUCUGUUGUUUCAAGUUUGUUUAUUUUCUGGUAAUAUUUGAAGUGAACUUGGGUUUCCUUUAUAAUAUCAGCCCUGUGUUCUCCUAGUUCUCAGUUAAGUAUUGUAUGGUGACUAAACUAACUGGCUGUUGGCAGAGUGAAAAGGAGAAAUAUGCUGUGUACAGGGAAUAUUAGGAAAUAGAUUAAAUGUAUUUCAAACCUGACUGCUCUGUUCUUUGGUUCAGUGGCCACAAGUAGCCCUUCUCAAGAACUAUUUCUCUGCAGGUUUGAAGUUGAGUUGUGCAAACUUCCUUUGCAUUUAGCAGCGUAGUUGAAGCAUAAGGCAACUGAAACACAAGUAAUUUUUG